GAAACUUCGUCAGGAAAAUGAGGCAAUGAGAACAAGAUGUGCUAUGUAUGAAAGUGAUGUUACUAAAGUUGAGGAAGCAAAGAAGGAAGUUGUUGAGACGCUUUCCAAAGAAGAAACUAAAGCUAAAAAUCUUGAAGGUCAGCUGCACCAUAAGCAAGACAUCCUGCAACAUUUGGAAAGACAAAUUAAUGAACAGAAGGCUGAGAAUGAGUUAUUGCAACAGCAACUAAGGGAUUCAGAAUCAGAUAUGACUCAAAGAAACGAGGAAUAUGAAUUAUUGGAAGUACAGAAGGUGAGCCUGGAGAAUACAGUGGCUGCAGAAUCUACUCAGAAAGUGGAGCAUGAAAGAAGAGCAAAGUUAUUUGAAAUUGAGAAGAGUCGUCUUUUUCAUGAAGUACAGGAACUGGAGAUCAAAUUAAGUGAACAACAAAGCAAAGAGAGUGAAAAGGUACUAUGUGAAUUAAUCUAUUUUUAUGGCUUUGUCUAAGUUUGUAUGGUCAGUACAGGGGGUGGCAGUGGCGUCGGAAGCAAUUAAAGUGGUGCGGCCUAACGCGCGUUAGAAGGCGUAA